AUGGCACCUGGUGGUGCUGGCCAUGUAGAAGAUACUUCCCAGCUCAUCGUUCCCAAAGAGUUUGAAACAGCUGAGACAUUCAAAAAUAGAGAUAACAUUGCCAGUAUUCGUAGCUUAUUGCUACAAAAAAGGCUUCAUAAUUUUGAGUUGGCAUGUUUAGCCAACAUUUGCCCAGAAACAGCUGAGGAGGCCAAGGCUCAAAUCCCAAGCCUCGAGGGGCGGUUUGAAGUGGAGAAGAUACAGCAGAUUCUUGAUGCCAUCCAGACUAGACACAGCUUCCAGUAUUAA